GGCACACAUCCAUGUCUGCCAGAGAGCCACCCACCCACACUGAUGGUGUCCCCUGCCUAUGUUGCUCCCACCACCCCUCGGCAAUGGUGACAUGAGUAUGUGAUGUGGAGGAGCCUGUUAUAUUUUUGAAGAACAAUCUCUGCCACCUCUUAAACUACCGUUACAUUCUGAAUGUUUUCGCCGUGCACUCUGGCACUGAGUCUGCGUGGGAUGAUGUUGCUGCCGUCAUGCGGUCGCCUCCGGCGGCUCUUCCGUCAGUCUCACUCCUUCAGUCUCCAGACCAGCCUGCUGCUCCUCUUCCUCUUCUGUAUGGUGAGCGUCCUGGUCUCCGCCUACUUCCUCUACGGAGUCAAGCGGGAGCUGGAGCCGGCGGCGGGGGGGGGCAUGGGAAGGCCGGAGGAGGGCACUGCCGACUGGGACGACCCCCGGGCCGCCACGCCCCCCACCUCCUCCCGGGCGCUCCCUCCACGCACAGCCAGGCCCUCAGACGUGUUGCGCACCGACCCUGUGGUGCUGGUGUUUGUUGAGAGCCUGUACUCCCAGCUGGGACAGGACGUUGUGGCCAUCCUGGAGUCUGGACGCUUCCUCUACCGAACCGAGAUGGCCCCGGGGAAGGGGGACAUGCCCACCCUGACAGACAAGGACCGAGGCCGGUUCACGCUGGUCAUCUACGAGAACAUCCUGAAAUACGUCAACCUGGACGCUUGGAACAGAGACCUGCUGGACAAGUACUGUGUGGAGUACGGAGUGGGCAUCAUAGGCUUCUUUAAGGCCAACGAGAACAGCCUACUCAGUGCCCAGUUGAAAGGCUUCCCUCUCUUCCUCCAUUCCAACCUGGGCCUGAAGGACUGCAGCGUCAACCCCAAGUCCCCCCUGCUCCUCAUCACUAAGGCCCGGGAGGUGGAGCGAGGCCCCCUACCCGGAGACGACUGGACCGUCUUCCAGUCCAACCACUCCACCUACGAGCCUGUUCUCCUAGCGAGGACCCGGGUGCCUGACCUGGGCCUGUCCGGUGCGGGGACAGGGAUGGGCAGCAGCCCCCUCCAUGCCUCUGUGGUCCAGGACCUUGGGCUCCACGACGGCAUCCAGCGGGUGCUCUUCGGCAACAACCUCAACUUCUGGCUGCACAAGCUUGUGUUUGUUGACGCUGUGUCCUUCCUUACUGGCAAGAGGCUGUCUCUGUCUCUAGAUCGCUACCUGCUGGUGGACAUCGAUGACAUCUUCGUGGGCAAGGAGGGCACCCGCAUGAAGGUCUCGGAUGUCAAGGCCCUACUGGAGACCCAGAAUGACCUACGAACCUCCGUCCCCAACUUCACCUUCAACCUGGGUUUCUCUGGGAAGUUCUUCCAUACUGGUACGGAUGAGGAGGACCUGGGGGAUGACCUGCUCCUCUCCUAUGGGAAGGUGUUCUGGUGGUUCCCCCACAUGUGGAGUCACAUGCAGCCCCACCUCUUCCACAACCAGUCAGUGCUGGCUGAACAGAUGCUCCUCAACAGGAGGUUUGCACAGGAGCAUGGCAUCCCCACCAACAUGGGCUACGCGGUGGCUCCCCACCACUCUGGGGUGUACCCCGUCCACGUCCAGCUGUACGACGCUUGGAAGAAGGUGUGGGGCAUCAAGGUGACCAGCACGGAGGAGUACCCCCACCUCAAACCUGCCCGCUUCAGACGAGGCUUCUACCACAGUGGCAUCAGUGUGCUGCCCAGGCAGACGUGUGGCCUGUUUACUCACACCAUCUUCUACAACGAGUAUCCUGGAGGACCCAAGGAGCUGGACAAACUCAUUAACGGAGGGGAGCUCUUCCUCACGGUGCUCCUCAACCCGAUCAGCAUCUUCAUGACCCACCUGUCCAACUACGGGAACGACCGUCUGGGUCUGUACACCUUUAAGAACCUGGUGAAGUUCCUCCAGAGGUGGACCAACCUGCGGCUGCAGACCCUGGCGCCUGUGCAGCUGGCUCAGCGCUACUUCCAGAUCUUCCCCGAGGAGAGGGACCCCAUCUGGCAGGACCCCUGUGAGGACAAAAGGCACAAAGACAUCUGGUCCAAAGAGAAGACAUGCGACCGAUUCCCUAAGCUACUCAUCAUUGGACCACAGAAGACAGGCACCACAGCCCCGAUGUCCUGGAUGAUGAUCUGA